GGCGCUCAGACGUCUGAUGGGAGUGCACCUGUCACGAACUGUGCAUCGCUUUACAUAAGACGUGGCAGCACGUACACGGGGGCCAUGCGGCGCGGCGCGACAAGAACAAUGGUCGCCGUCAGCAGGGCCGUGUGGAUGGCGUUUGUCGUGACGAUAGGAUUGGCAGCUGGGCAAGAUUGUUUGACGGAUGACGCAUGCGUCCAUUCCACGUCUAAUCAGACUGUUGGAAACGUCGCGUACUGCUGCAGUGACAUCACGAGAUCGCCAAGCGUGACUCAACAAGGGGCCUGUGAGUGUCUGACGCCUGCAGAAGAAACAAAGAAGUGGGCCGACGAAACGAUGGAGAAAGGUCGCAUGUGUUUGUUUGGCAACGACUCUUGUCACGGUGUGCCACUCAGUCUGAUGAUUAACUCCCAGCCCCUGGUGUACUGCUGCCCCAACGCCCGCUACUGCGUAGUUACCGUCAUCAACACCACGGCCCCUGACUACGUGGGUUGUCGAUGUAUGAACCACCCAUCUCCGACCUCACCUCCAGGCGCUUACGUCGUCCCACCGUCCGGAGAGUACAACUCUUCAGGUGAACUGUGUCUGUAUGGCGCUUUAUGUGACGACAACCCCAGCCUGAAGUGUGAGGGGGACAACGCGGUCUACUGCUGCUACAACAGCCGCGGCAUCCACACCAAAAACCUCCAGGACAACACUACGGGCUGCACGUGCAGCAACGACUUUUGGGGCGACAGGUGCGCCUCCAAUGUCCAGCCCGUCCCAUCCACCGAACAAAGUUGCCUGAAGGACGCUGCCUGUCCGGCCGGAGCCAACAUGACAGUUGUCACGAGCGGUACCAGCAACGUGAACGUGACCUACUGUUGUCCCGACCUGCAGGUCACGCCCUACGUGCAAGUUGUUCGCGGAGCUACUCCUCUAGUCAUCUGCACUUGCAGUCUGCACGGACAGGAAGGGUCCACUGAAGACAAAGUUCGAAUGUGGGCCGCCCUCACCAGCAACUAUGGCCGUUGGUGUGAGAGCGGGUCAGUCUGCGAACAGUUCUCCUCGAGCCUGACAUUUUACAAGGGUGACAACUCCAGCACCGUGGAGACCCUGUCGCUGUGUUGUCGGAAACCCAAAAGCACCUGCUACUUCACCGCCUACAAGGACGACUACGACUCCAUUGGCUGCCGAUGCACCAAGACCUGGGUUCCCUGGACAGAGCCUGGCGCCUACGUUGUGCCGGAUGCUGGGUACUACAACUCCACAGGCGAGGUCUGUUCCUACAAUGCCAAGUGUGACGACUACCCCAGCGUCAAAUGUGAAUCAACUCAACUUACGUUGUGUUGCUAUGGCAGCCGUGGCAUACAUACGGGUAGCCUGAAGAACAACACCCCAUCCUGUACGUGCACAAACGACAUCGCAGGCCCGCGGUGCGAGGGGUCAAUGUAUUCGAUUUCCGGGUCAUCUCAGAUUACAGCGACCGCCGGCAUGUGGGGACUGGCAGGGCUAGUGACCUUUCUCCUUGGAUACAGUGGAUACAAUAAUGACUAGAUAUGAAUUAAAUGGAAAGCAUCGGACAAUUAGUACAGUUCAGCAAUCAGGCAUGACGAAGGUACAAUAAUACGGAGACCAUUUCAUCACAAGAUCUCUGUCCCGUCAUAACGAACGAAUAAACCAAUCUUUUAUUGAAUUGAGGUGAUGAGCACUGCUUGUACAACAACAGGAAAUGACCAUAGUAUACUAUAAUACAUUGUAAACGGCAUCAUAGCUGGCCUACUACUGUGCAAUUAAAUAUUUCCAUUUAUUGUCUCUUAUCCAUUUGAAACUUCAAAACAGUCAUGAAAUGCAGUUGUUUUAGGUAUACAGACGAAAAUCCUUGCAACGUUUAGAACAAUAAUAAUAUUGAUAUCUAACAAGGCUGUUAAUGUGCUUAUCAUCGUUAAACCAAUCAGCAUAGAGUAUGAUCACUGGUUUCUAUAAUGAACUGGCAAAAAUUCGAGUCGCACAUCUUCUAAAUUCUGGCAACGGAAAGGGACGAUAACAAAGGGAGACAAGUAUGUAGUGACGUGUUCAGGGUAAAAAAGCAAUAAGCAGAGUUUAUGUGAUAAAGAUUAUGGAUACUUCAUCAUCAAAUGUUACAAGUACAACAUGCCUUGCUUUCUCGUUACUGUAGAUAAAGACAUCAAACAAGAUUUAUUACAAAUAUUUCAUUAUUUAAAUUAUAAAGCCAUUAAACAGUGAAAUUCUCAGGGGCAAUGAAAAAUGUAAAUAAUGUUUGUGAUCGAAACAUAGGUAGAUGACAUUGUAUUAUUUGUGUGUAUAUAUGUCAGUAUUAUGUUAAAAAAAAAACAAGAUAGAAAGUUCAUUCCUGACAUUUUAAAUGUUGAGACAUAUGCACAGUGUGCGGGAUUUGACCGUGUGACAUCUUCUACAAUGUGAACAAAUGUGCUGCUUGUAGUUAUCUGCAGCCAUUUUUAUUUUUUGUUUUUUGAUUUGUUUGUUUGUUUUACUUUAAAGUUGUUUAUUUUACCUGCCAGGAAUGUUAAAGCAAGAGUUUCUCUGUACACCUACUAUUAUCACAAUAGAACUGUCUGAGGAUUCUUUUUUUAAGUGUUGAACUGAAUACUGCACAUGGCAGGUAAUGAGGCAUAAUUAAGACUUAAUCAACUUGCUAACUAUUGCACAAAAGGAAAAAUCUCUUAUACGCUCCCUUGUUAUCUCCCUGUAUAUAUUGACCUUUGAACUAAAGAUUGUUCAGUGACAUCUAGGGUUAAGUAAAUCUAGUCAAUAAAGCAGAACGAGGC